CUAACGGAGCAGCAAAUAAUGGGGAUUUACGGCCUGCAGCAGACCUCACAGCAAGCCGAAGACGCACUCUCACAAGGAUUGGAACAACUGCAACAAUCUUUAAUCGACACUAUUGCUAAUGGUUCGAUAAACGAUAGCAUGCAUCACAUGGCAGUUGCAUUAGGGAAGCUAGCUAAUCUCGAAGGCUUCGUUCGACAGGCUGAUAAUUUAAGGCAACAAACACUUCACCAGCUUCGUCGAAUAUUGACCGUUCGACAAGCAGCGCGUUGCUUCUUGGUUAUCGGAGAGUACUAUGGUCGUUUACGAGCUUUGAGUUCACUAUGGGCAUCAAGGCCUCGAGAGGCUCUGCAAAUGGCUGAUGAUAAUUCAUGCCAAACAACAACUGAUCUGCACAUGGUACAAUCUUCACAGAACCAGUUCUCGAAUUUCUGAUCGCGCACGCGGUACGAGGUUGUCGAUUAUCGUUAGAUUACCGUGGCUUCGAUGCAUGUUAUUACAGCAUGCAUUGAGGUUGAAAAAUUAGAGGCUACUUUUAGAGAGGAGAGAAUUAAUUAAAAAAUAGAGUUGUUUUUUUUCUCCUGUAAUUCUUCUUCUGCCUAGCUAGAUUUUGAAUGUUUCUUACAUUACAUAAUUGGUGGUACUCUUGUACAUGCAAAAUCAGUAUUUAUGCAAAUUAUCUUGGUAACUCAAAAAAAAAAAUU